AUGCUAGUGGUUGUGUUGCUGCUUGCACUGUUGUGUCAAACUGCAUCCAAGACACAUUCCAUUAACUGCAGCAUAUAUGAUGAUCCUCUCCCUAUUCCUCAUAACUUUUAUAAGCCAGGUGACAUAAUCAUUGGGGAGAUUGUUUCCCAGGUGUUCUUAAACUACAAUAACCUCUCUUUCACGGAACAGCCUAUGCAGACAUUGAUUGAUGAACCUAUUUCAGCGCCUAAGAACUACCAGCAUAUUCUGGCUUUAGCAUUUGCGGUCAAAGAGAUCAAUGAGAAUCCCACAAUCCUGUCAAAUAUCUCUCUUGGCUUCCGCAUCCUCAAUAGUUACUUCAAUGCAAGGAUGACCUACAAGGCCACUCUGAGCCUCCUUUCCACACAACAAAGGUUUGUCCCCAACUUCAGCUGUCACAACCAGAACAAUAUGAUAGCACUCAUUGGAGAAUGUUUCUCUGAGAUCUCUGCUAACAUUGCAGUUAUUCUGGCAAGCAAGAAGACUCCUCAGGUUCAUCAUUUUCUAAGAAGCAUCGUAUUCAAUAACAGUGUUGGAGACACUAUCCAAUUUAAUAAAAACAGAGAAUUAGUUGCAGGCUUUGAUAUUACAAACUGGAUGAUGUUCCCCAAUGGUUCAGUGAUGAGAGUAAAAGUUGGAAGGCUAGAACCUCAGGCUCCUCUAGGCAAUGAAUUGACCAUGGAUUAUGACCGGAUUGUGUGGCAUCAAAGCUUUAAUGAGUGCCAGCAAGUCCGCUCACCUUAUUUGGUGUGUGGAGCUGUGACCAGGCCCCAGGCCCAGCAGGUUCUGCCUCGUUCUGUGUGCAGUGAUAGCUGCUAUCCUGGCUCCAGCAGGAAAAAGAAGGAAGGAGAGAAAUUUUGCUGCUAUGACUGUGUUCUGUGUCCAGAUGGGAUGAUCUCCAACAAGAAGGAUAUGGAUGCCUGUGUCAAAUGUCCAGAAGACCAGUGUCCCAACAAGGACCAAACUAAAUGCAUUCCAAAAUUGGUAACAUACCUCUCUUACAAAGAAGACUUAGGGAUCAUCUUAUCUAGCUUGGCUAUUUCUUUCUCUUUGACCACAUGUUCAGUACUUGGAAUUUUUAUGAAGCACAAGGACACUCCCAUAGUGAAAGCCAACAACCGGACCCUCACCUACAUCCUCCUCAUCUCCCUCCUCCUCUGCUUCCUCUGUUCUUUGCUCUUCAUUGGACAACCUAGAAAGGCAACCUGCCUUUUACGGCAAACUACUUUUGGCAUUGUCUUCUCUGUGGCCCUUUCUUCUGUGUUGGCAAAGACCAUCACUGUGGUUGUGGCAUUUAUGGGAACAAAACCAGGAUCCAGAAUGAGGAAAUGGGUGGGGAAAAGACUGGCUAAUUCUAUUGUUCUCUCCUGCUCUUUUAUUCAGGCUGCCAUUUGUACUCUUUGGUUAAUUUCUGCUCCUCCAUUUCCAGGUAGAGACAUACAUUCAGUGAAAGGUGAAAUCAUACUGGAAUGUCAGGAGGGUUCUGUUUCCAUGCUUUAUUGUGUCUUGAGCUAUAUGGGUUCCCUGGCCAUAAUCAGCUUCAUUGUGGCUUUUCUUGCCAGGAAGUUACCUGACACCUUCAAUGAAACCAAAUUUAUCACUUUCAGCAUGUUGGUGUUUUGCAGUGUGUGGUUAUCCUUUAUUCCAACCUACCUGAGCACCAAAGGAAAAUACGCGGUGGCUGUGGAGAUCUUCUCCAUCUUAUCAUCCAGUGCUGGUUUACUGGGUUGCAUCUUUUCCCCAAAAUGUUACAUUAUUGUGCUGAGGCCUGAGCUGAACAACAGGGAACAACUCACAAGGAAAAUAAAAUGA